AUGAAGGCAAACUAUGGUACUAAGACCUUAGGCAAAUCACAGAGAUAUAACCAUCUUCGAAAAUCAUUUGCCAUAGAAGAAGAUGACUUUGAAGAAGAGUCAUCGGUUGCGAUUUCUCAGCUCUUCCAUGGCUUCCUUACCAUUGGUACUCUUGGUUCAGACACAGUCAUCGCUGACCCAUCAUCAACACCAACAUUCGCCAUCUCUGUUGAGAACAUAACUGAAAAAGAAACAGAAGUAACAGAGCCUGAUUUGAAGCUGAUUAAUGAUGAGUUGCAGAAGGUGCUAGGAGUUGAAGGUAAAGAAGAUGGUUGCAAUGACUCAUCUGGGAGAAACAGUCAUGUUAGCACCAUUACACUGAGUGGCAAGACAUUGGAAGGCACAGAGACCAGUGGGAACAGAACAACAAUGUGUCCACUCCAGGGCUAUCUGCUUGGGUCAGCAAUUGAGUUGCCAGAAACAAAGAAGGAACAUAGAACAUCACUUGGGGAGCUGUUUCAGAGGACAAAAAUGACAGAGGAAAAUUCUGUCGCUAAAUGCGAGAGCGGAGAAAAGAAGGAUACUGAAGAAAAGAAUGGUCCAUGA